AUGGAUUACGGUAUUCGCAACUCCACAGACCCCUACCAACAGGAUGUCAUCAUGCACUAUGCAAAUGGCACAGAAUUCUUUGUCCCAAUGCAAGCUCUGGAUGUUUUCGUCAUGUACAACGUCCGAGUGUGUAUCAACUACGGCUGCCAGCUUGGAGCCUCAAUUGUGUUACUGAUCAUCCUUCUUCUUUUGACACAUUCCGACAAACGCAAGUCCUUGGUGUUUAUCUUGAACGGACUGGCUCUGUUCUGCAACUCCUUGCGCCUACUAUUCCAAGUCGUCCACUUCUCCACCAAAUUUGAAGAAGUAUACCCCUACUUCUCUUACGACUAUUCCGCAGUGCCAGCAAGUGCAUACGCCAUUUCAAUCGUGGCCAUUGUCUUCCAAACCUUGGUAGUAAUGUGCAUUCAAGCAUCGCUGGUGCUUCAAACCAACGUGAUUUGCUCGACUGUUCGCCGCCGAUACCGACAACCUCUGCUGGGACUAUCGAUCUUAGUAGCGCUCUUGGUGAUUAGCUUCCGCUGGGCCUGGAUGGUUGAGAACUCAAUUGCCGUCAUCAAAGUGAUGUACAUGGAAUCCAUCUGGUGGAUCGAAAGUGCAACCAAUGUGACCCUCACUGUCUCUAUCUGCUUCUUCUGUGUGAUCUUUGUCACCAAGCUCGGGUUCGCCAUCAAGCAACGCCGGCAACUCGGUGUGCGCGAGUUCGGCCCCAUGAGGAUCAUAUUCAUCAUGGGCUGCCAGACCAUGGUUGUUCCAGCCAUCUUCUCCAUCACCCAGUACUACAUCACCGUCCCCGAACUAGCAUCUAACGUGCUCACCUUGGUCGCCAUCUCGCUCCCACUUUCAUCAAUCUGGGCAGGGGCUGCCCUCGAACAAUCCAGGCCCCCUCGCAGUCAAGACGCACGUCGACGCAACCUAUGGCGAGUGCUCGCCGGUGGAGCUAACAGCACAUUGAAUCCAACCACUAAAGACAACCCAACACAUCUGACAGACAUAGGGGCUGCCCAGACUCUGUGCUACUCAGAUCACACAAUGGGCAAGACUGGCUCAGGGAGCUCGCGAGACACGGACGCUUUCUACGGAAUUGCCGUUGAGCAUGAUGUUUCUGUCGACCGAAUCCAGAAGAAACACUCACUCGUCUAG